AUGUGGAAGAUUUGUAUUUGUCACUGCUUUGGGAGUAAACGCUCGUACCAGAUCGGUAUCAGAAGGCGAUCGUUUGUUCCUCAAGCAAUGGCGCUGAUUAUGCAUGCGGGGGCAAACAACAAGAAUGUUUACAAGUCAUUAAUUGCUGCAGAAUAUGUUGGUGUUGAGAUCAAAAUGGAUGAAAACUUUCAGAUGGGUGUGUCAAAUAAGACUCCUGAAUUUCUUAAAAUGAACCCUAUUGGAAAGGUCCCAGUUCUUGAGACUCCCGAGGGUGGAAUAUUUGAGAGUAAUGCUAUUGCUCGCUAUGUUGCUCAUUUGAAACCUGGAAAUUCUCUUUUUGGUUCUACACCGAUAGAAUAUGGCCAAAUUGAGCAGUGGAUUGACUUUGCAACCUUGGAGCUUGAUGCAAGUAUGAGGGGUUGGGCCAUACCAAGAUUUGGAUAUACCAACUACAUCAAACCUGUUGAGGAGAGUUAUAUUGCUGCUACCAAGAGAGGUCUUGGUGCUCUAAACACAUAUCUUGCUUCACAUACUUACUUGAGUUUCACAUCUGAGUUUCCUCAUGUUGAGAGGUAUUUCUGGACCCUGGUUAAUCAACCAAAAUUCAGUAAAAUAAUCGGAGAAGUUGUGCAAACCGAAGCUGUUAUUCCUCUUCCUUCAGCCAAGAAACCAGAGGAAAAACCAAAAUCCGAGCCUAAAAAGGAAGUCAAGAAAGAAGAAGCCCCUAAACCCAAGCCUGAAGCUGCCCCAGAAGAGGAAGAGGCACCCAAGCCUAAGGCAAAGAAUCCUCUCGAUUUAUUGCCUCCAAGUCCAAUGGUUUUGGAUGACUGGAAAAGGCUUUACUCAAACACCAAAACUAAUUUUCGUGAGGUUGCAAUCAAAGGUUUUUGGGACAUGUAUGAUCCAGAGGGAUACUCUCUUUGGUUUUGCAACUACAAGUACAAUGAUGAGAACACUGUCUCAUUUGUGACAAUGAACAAGGUUGGUGGAUUCCUUCAGCGUAUGGAUCUUGCAAGGAAAUAUGCUUUUGGAAAGAUGUUGAUUAUUGGAAACGAGCCUCCAUUCAAGGUCAAGGGUUUGUGGCUUUUCCGUGGGACUGAAAUCCCAAAAUUUGUGAUGGAUGAGUGUUAUGACAUGGAGCUUUACGAGUGGACCAAGGUUGACCUUUCUGAUGAGGCUCAGAAGGAGCGAGUGAAUCAGAUGAUUGAAGAUUUUGAGCCUUUUGAGGGUGAAGCUCUCUUGGAUGCCAAGUGCUUCAAGUGAGGGGAAAUGCUGGGACCCUCGAACCAUCAAUUAUUGUUGGUGAUUGGGUAGAUUUUUCUACAAAGUGUGUUUUUAGAUAUAUGUCAACUUUGUUUUGUUUUGUGAUGUUUACUAGCAAUAUUAUAAACUAAACCAGUUUUGUUUUUUGGGUCCAGACUCUAGAGUAUACAUUUGCAUCCCACAGUUGGUUAUUGCUCUUCUUGCAUUUGAAAUGUGUUGUUUACAGGUUG